AUGGAUUUUGGAACAUCCGGAUGUCGCGUAUCGCUCAUCGACGAGCGCGGCGUGCAAAAGUUUGAAACCUCGGUGAAAUACACGGAUACUCGCGAGGCGAACAACAAAACGUCUUCUUCUUCUUCUUCGAUGACGGCGAUUUGGGAAGACGCGCUGUGGACGAGUCUCGAAAAUAUUCCUAGAGAAACGCGAGAGCGCAUUGUAUCCGUCGCUAUCGACGGCACCUCCGGUACUGUUAUCAUUGUACAUCCCGAGAGCGGCGAACCUUUGUAUAAGGCCAUGAUGUACAAUGAAAAGUUUGAAGUUGGCGCGCAAUAUCUCGCCUCGGAGAGUUGUCGAGUGCCAGACGGCCACGUCACGAGAAGUAGCACUUCUGCGUUAAGUAAACUCGCGCACUAUUUCGCAAACGAACAUCCAAAACCGAUUUCGUACAAGCUUUUGCAUCACGCGGAUUGGCUGAGUUAUAAAUUACACGAGAACAUGGGCGUAUCUGACUUCAACAACUCUUUAAAACUUGGAUUCGAUCCGGGCUCCGAAACCUAUCCGCAAUGGAUGUUGGACUUGCCUUUUGCAGAAGCACUGCCAAAGACGAUGUUACCUCCUGGUGCACGCAUAGGAGUCGUUCAAAACCCUCGCGCGAAGGAAUUCCUAUCGAAUCCUGAGUGCAUCGUUUGUACGGGAACGACUGAUUCAGUCGCCGCCUUCAUAGCUUCGGGCGCGAAUGAGCCCGGCGACGCGUGCACAUCUCUCGGUUCCACGUUAGCCUGGAAACUUAUUAGCGAAGCGCGCGUAGAUGACGCUAGCGUUGGUAUUUAUUCUCACAAAAUUGGAGACCAAUAUUGGUUGGUCGGUGGUGCGUGUAAUACGGGAGGAAACAUUUUGCGUGCUUUUUUCACCAACGACGAACUCCAAUCGUUGACCGAUACCAUCGAGAUGGAAAACAUGUUCGAGUUGAAUCUAUUCGGUGUUCGGGACGCGGAUUUUUUCAAAAGUAACGCCGGUGGUGAUUUUGGCUUAGAAGUGAGCGAUGCGGUGAAAAAAUGCGAGAGUGAAAGAGAAACGUGCGAGAACGACGCCGUUUUUUUGUGCAAAAUUUUCUCCUCGAUUGCUAAGGCUGAAAAGAGGUGCUACGAUAACGCAAACGCGAUGGGAGCGUCUGAGAAAUUGAAGAAAGUGUACACCUCUGGCGGCGGCGCAGCAAAUGCGACGUGGUGUAAAAUGAGAAGCUCUUGCUUGAGCAUUGACAACAAGUCUGGUUCUACGAUCGAUGUCGUUGCGAGUGAAUACACCGAGGCUUCCUACGGCACCGCGUUGCUCGCUAAAAAAGGUUAUCAUUCGCGAUGA